UAUAAGAGUAGAAUCGGUGAUUUUCAUCAUACCAAAAUCCUUAUAAAACCCUCGAAAUUUCAUCAAGAAUAAUACUUGUUUACCCGAUUCUCAUCAAAACACAACCGAAACCCAGAGAAAUAAUUCCAACGCGUUGCCAUGGCUUCCAUUGACACCAUCGAGAUUGGCCAAGAAAUCGAUAAUCGUUUAGAACAACAUUGUUCUUAUAUCCCAUGUGAUCUUUUCAACUUAGAAUUAAGGUUUCGUUAUGUUUCAUCUCUUAACUUAGAAACAACCUUAGAAACUUUUAAUCAAUCCCUCAUGUAUCGACGUGACAUGCUUUUAUCUGAAGAGUACGGUCCAAACAUGGUACUUUCCAUGUUUGCAAGCACGGGUGCAUCUCUACAGGUCAUUCAAACUGUCAUUGUUCCUGAUAUCUUGUCUUUCGCGCGGGAGAUUGAUAGUGACCCUGUAAAUCUUGGACGUAAAAUAAUAAAAUUGAUACUGGAAGUGGUUGUCAAGGUGACUGAUAAUGAGGUUGGUCAGGAGGUUACCGGUAGUGAGAUUGAUCAGGAGGUGAUCACUGAUGAUGAGAUUGAUCAGGAGUUGACUGAUGAUGAAGUUGAUCAUGAGUUGACUGAUGAUGAGGUUGAUCAGCAGUUGAUUGAUGAUGAGUUUGAUCAGAUGGUGACUGAUGAUGAGGUUGAUCAGGAGCUAAUUGAUGAUGAAGUUGAUCAGGCCAUUGAUGAGUCACUAAGUACAUUGAAUUUCAAGCCUGCUAGUAAUUCAUCUAUUCAAGGUUUGAAAAAGUUUAAAUUGGGUGAUGAAGGUCGCCUACCUUUCAAGAAGAGGAGAUUACUCGAUGGUUUGAGUUCAAAGAAUGAAUGUAUGAUCUGUUUCGAUGAGUUCUCUGAUGAUGACAAGGUUGCUUCGAUGCCUUGUGGACAUGUUUAUCAUGAUGAUUGCAUCGUUAAAUGGUUGGAGACCAGUCACUUGUGCCCACUGUGCCGAUACCAGAUGCCCAGUUGAUUCGAUUUUGAUCUGAUCUCCCCAGUUGAUUCGAUUUUGAUCUAAUCUCUCAGUCGUAAUUGAGUUCUGUUGAUUAAUGUCCUUAGGGAGAAUGUAGUUAAUUUUUUCUUAUUAAUGUCUAAAUUGUAAGUGUGAUGAUAAGUUGAGGAGUUCCAUGAUGAUAGCAUAAUAUAAAGUGAUAUGGCAAAUUUUUGUUACAUAUAUAUUUCUUGUUUCAAUCUUUAAUUAUUGUAUCACAGUAAUUAGAGAAAUCCAUAAUGCAAGCAUGAAUAUUUACUCCAAUGAUUGGUGAAUUUCUUAUGUGUACUUCUA